GUAAGAGGUGGCCCUUGGGGGUUCUGUCCGCUUUCUGAAGUGCGACGUGAACGUUCUGCGACACCGCUCUCCGCGUGCGCCAGGCCGGGUGACAGGCCUCGGGGUUGCCCAGGGCUCCGGGGUGACGCGCGCAGAGUGCUUCGCCCUUCGAGGCGGUCGUUCGCUUCCGGUGCGCAGCCUGCUCCCGCCGGGCGGAUCCCUCCUCCAAGGCAGGUGUGGCGGAGCAGCGCGGCGGGGCGCAGGCCGGGCCAGGAGUUCCCCGCAAGAACUGCGAUACAGCAAUGGCGAUCAGAAGGUAGAGUAGCUGUAUGGCUGCACAUUCCCAUCCUCCAAAGCCGAUUUAUUGCUCCUGCUGCUUCUCUUGGCUUCUGCUUUCACCACGCAGAAUCGGAUUCAUCAACUCUGACUCUGUGGCUGGGAGAAGGGCCCAGCAGAUUACCAGGAUAUGCCACCCAUCAAGUAGGAGUUGCAGGAGCUGUGUUUGAUGAAAGUACUAGAAAAAUAUUGGUUGUACAAGAUCGAAAUAAAUUGAAAAAUAUGUGGAAGUUUCCAGGAGGUCUAUCAGAGCCUGGAGAAGACAUUGGAGACACAGCAGUUCGAGAAGUUUUUGAAGAGACAGGUAUAAAAUCAGAAUUCAAAUCCCUCCUGAGUAUUCGACAGCAGCACACCAAUCCAGGAGCUUUUGGGAAAUCAGAUAUGUAUAUCAUCUGCCGCCUGAAGCCACGUUCAUUCACGAUAAAUUUUUGCCAGCAUGAGUGCUUAAGAUGUGAGUGGAUGGAGCUCAUUGACCUGGCCAGGACUGAAAAUACAACUCCCAUCACCAGCAGAGUGGCUCGGCUGCUGCUGUAUGGAUACAGAGAGGGGUUUGACAAGAUUGACCUCUCCAUGGAAGAACUUCCAGCAGUUUACACAGGCUUGUUCUACAAACUCUAUCAUAAGGAACUGCCAGAGAAUUACAAAGUUAUGACAGGAAUAGAUUAAAUUCACAUUUACAUGUUUUUUAAACAAUUCAAAGUUAACUGUACAUGUAGAUUAACAUAUAUUGUAAAACAUGAACAUUUGGGAGUGAUUAAAUAUCUGAUGCUGAUUUUCUAAUCAUGAUUUUCCAUGAUGAAAAAUUAUUUGUAAAUAUUUCCACUUUGAAAUCAUCUUUCCAAAUAAAGCAAAUAUGUGAAAAAGACA